AUGAAAUCCUUCUCGAAAUUUCUCUCGCUGGGUCUUGUCAGCCUUCUCGGCCUAGUCCAGUCCUUGGACAUGGCCGACUACUCGGAGGGGCCGGGAAUCGAUGCCGGCUUCAGAGAGUACCUUUCUGAGCUGUACCGUAUGACAGAAGACCCAGCAACAACCACCGAGUUCACCAACUUCUUCACCCCCGAUGGUGUGCUCAUCGUGCGGAAAGUUGUAGCCACUGGCUCAGACGAGAUCAUCGCUCUGAAGCACAAACUUCUGCCAACGGCCGGCAACAAGCACUGGAACCAUCGCCCGAAUGUCACCACAGUCGAAUCCGAGACGGACAAGCAUAAAGUCUUCCAUUCGCUUGGUGUUAUCGAGGCGUCCUACGACGGCGGGAGCUGCUCGCAAGCUUACUACUCUACCCGAUUCACUAUCAACAAAGGCGCGGACGGAGUGCUUUCGAUGAAGCCGCACUCGGGAAAUCUGGCGAUCUAUGAUGAUUACGUCGUGGAGCCCGCCGUCUCCCCGACCAAUAUUCCGUGCGGUACUCGCGGGUGA